AUGAGGAGUGUCACAGAAAGCAUAUUUACUAUCAUUUUUAGUGUGGAGUUCACAACAGGAAAUUUAGGAAAUGGAUUCAUAAUCCUGGUAAGCUGUAUGGACACCAUCAACAGAAGAAAGAUCUCUGUAGCUGAUCACCUGCUCACUGCUUUGGCAAUCUCCAGGAUUGUUCUGCUUUGGAUAAUAUUAACAGGUUGGUGGAUUCAUGUGUUUUAUCCAGGUUUCCUCAUAAACGUAGUAAUAAUAAGAAUAUUUUACGUUAUUUGGACUGUAGGUUUUCAUUUUAAUGCCUGGCUUGCUACGUGCCUCAGUAUCUUUUAUUGCCUCAAAAUAGCCAAUUUUUCCAACUCUAUUUUUCUUUACUUUAAGUGGAGAGUUAAAAAGGUGGUUUCAUUGAUAUUACUGGUAUGUCUUGUUCUCUUAUUUUUACAUCUUUUGCAGUCAAAUAUACACGUGAAUGUCUUGAUUGAUGGGUAUAAAAGAAGGAUGUCUUACAAUUCCAGUUUAUAUAUCACUCCUGAGUUUCCAAAACUUCUUUUAUUCAGCAGCAUUGUGUUCACAUUCAUAGCCUUUGCACUAUCUCUGACAAUGUUUCUUCUGCUAGUCUUCUCCCUGUGGAAACAUUUGAAGAGGAUGCAGCAUAGUGUCAUAGGUUCCAGAGAUGUCAGCACCACGGCCCACACAAAGGCCUUACAAGCUGUGGUUGUCUUUCUUCUACUGUACACAACUUUCUUUCUGUCAAUUUUUAUACAACUUUGGAGACCUGAGUUUCUUCCUUUUAUCUUUUAUCACAUUGUCGAAAUCGCUUUUCCUUCAGUCCACUCCUUUGUCCUAGUACUGGGAAGUACUAAGCUGAAACAGGCCUCUCUUUCACUGUUAAGAAGUCUGAGGUGUGGAUCCAAAGAUGCUGAAUCUUCAGGUUCAUAG